GUCAUGCUUGGGAAAUUCCAAAAUGGGCGGAUCUGAGUCAAUGUUCCUUCUGGGCAGAGGAGAGGAAGUAAAAGCGAUGUCCGUGAUGCAAAGCUUUGGAGGUCCCGGAGCUGUUUGGACCUCGAUCCGUACAGUUUUUAGCAGGCAGAAAUACCUGGAAACUCAGUAAUUGAUCUGCAGUCAUGGAAAGCAAGGGACCUUAUCGAAUCUAUGACCCUGGUGGGGGAACACAGGAAAAAGCAUCUGCUGCCUUUGAACAGCUAGUGGAAGAAAAUGCAAAACUUAAGGAGAAGAUGCAGGGGAUUAAAUCUCUAGGUAACGGAGAGUUAUUAGAAGAGUCGCAGUUAGAAGCGUCCAGAUUACGUCAAAAAGUGGAAGACCUUGUGAAGGACAACGAAAUGCUAAGAUCAGCCUCUUCUUUUGAAAAAUUUGAAGAAAUAGCAGGUGAGAUUCCAGAACUUUGCUCGUCCUCUGAUAUUCCAGUGGAGGGUGAGAAGACCCAAGAAAAAGCAGCACAAAAGCCAUCUUCCAAUGACGUAGAGCCACUUCUGAACGAGGACACCAACCUUAUGCUCCACCUUCAGCGCUUUGAGAAUACGCUCAGUCUUUUCGCUGAGGAGUCUGACAAAACCCAGCUUUUCGCCCAUCUGGGGCGCAUGGCUCUCGAGUUUAACCGCCUGGCCUCCAAAGUGCACAAGAAUGAGCAGAGGACAUCCAUUCUUCAGGUUCGAAGGCUGCUGGUAGAUGUGCACAAUUCAUUUGCUUCUCUGUAUUCCUGAGUUCUCAUCUCAUUUUUAUUUUUU